GUGUGGAAUUUCCUACAAGUAUUCGUUCAGAAAGAGUUGCUUAUGAGACUCAAUUUGGAUAUGNAANGAGACCGACUCACCGCAACACAUCUUGGGAUGCUGCCAAGUUUGAAGUUUGCGGACACCGCUUUAGUGAUAUAUCAGAACCUGGUUAUGGUUNAGCCCUAUNGAACGACAGUAAAUAUGGACACUCUGCAAAAGGAAGUACACUGCGGCUUACAUUAUNAAGAUCACCAAAGAGUCCAGACAAGGAAUGCGAUAUGGGAUAUCACACCUUUUCUUAUGCAGUGCUGCCACAUACUCCUGAAUUUCCAUGUGCGCAAGUAUAUCGAGCUGCUGAUGAUUNAAAUAGAGAAUCGAGUCGAGAGAGUGGAUGGACUUGUUCUACAACAGAAGGAAAUCCAAGUUUUAGUAUUUCAGNAGAAGCACAAGAUGGAAGAGAUGGUAUUCUUAUAUCGACUCUUAAAAAGGCUGAAGAAGAAAAUGCUUNGAUUCUUCGUAUAUAUGAGUCGCUUGGCCGUCACUGUUCUAGUGUUAUUCGACUUGCUCAACAGUUACCGUNAGCUGAGGUUAAAGCAGCCAACUUGUUGGAAGAGGAAGAAAGUCAAACUACAAAUGAUUCUGCCGCAAUUUCCAGAAACAAUCGUAACAUACAAGUCACUUNAAGGCCAUUCGAAAUUGUUUCUCUCAAGUNGAAACUCAGUAGUGGAUAAUUAUUUGGAUGUUUUUUCGAGGGUUGUUUUUGUAAAAGUUUUAUUUUCAUUUGAUUUGCGUUUUUAGUCGAAUCUGUUUCAGCUGUUGU